CUUUCCAUGCGACAACCGCAACUGUACAGGGUCCCAAUCGUUUAUCUUGCUUGAUACUGUCUCCAUCGCGCUGUGUGCAUUGUCAAUACUGUCCAUCCGCUCACUCUCCGGCUUCCCACCAGCGCGUCGCUGCCAUGGGCGGCGGCACUUUCCUCUACCCUCCUUGCACGCCUCUCUCGCAACGAACAUCCCAACAAUCCUCCUCCACCUUCAAUCCCAAAGCAGUCACCGAAGCAGCAUAUCUCGCGGCGCAAGACAGCCCUCGAUCCGCUCAGGAUGGGCCGCUGUUGAGAUUCGACGGGGAAAAGGUGGACUACACGCCCAAGGCCUGCGAUGACCUCCACACUCGGAGCAGGAAACGGCCUCUCAGCGAGGCGACGACGGUCAACUACAACCAGCAUCCCGAUAGCUGGACUGUCUUUGCCGGACACAGUGUCCAGUACAAGCCCAUGCCGGCGCACACCAAGACGGCGGUGACGUACGUCAGAAGGGUGCAGCUUGGGCUACGCGUGCUCACCGAAUUGGCGGCGGUGGGGUUGCUCGUGGCCAUGAUCUUGAUCCAGAAUAUCAGCAAUGUCAUCUCUUGGUUACUCCGAGUCGCCCCUGCAUGGGAUGUGAUUGCCACUCUCUAUGCACUCUACCAUCUUUGCCGAUCUGCCACCGCCCGCACUGCCGCCAGUUCGGCCAGCUACCAUGUCUUCGCCCUCGUGACAGAUGUGGCCCUCCUCCCGUUUUACAUCAUCAUGUGCCUCAACGCAAGGGCAAACUAUCUUGCGAACCCCUCUGACCCAUUCCGCUGGGCCAGCCUCUUGAAGCAGAAGGCUGAUACGACGGACCUGCUCUUCGCAACGUUUACCGUCUCAGCAGUCAUCACCGGAUUCCAUCUAGUCAGCGCAUGUCUCGAUCUAUACUUGGCCCUUACCUUCAAGAAGAUCGCCAGUCUCCCGCCCGAUGCGAAUCCGCUGGAGGACAACCUGACCAGCCGGACAUCCACGCGUAUGAGCAAGCACAAGUACAAGAACAGCGAAAUCACGUUGACCGGCGAUGCUUGGGCGGAGAAGAAGGCGGGCUUUCUUUCUGGGAGCACGCUCGAUGUCGGCCGCCAUUCUCGACUGUCGCACGCAUCCAAGGAUAUGGACGAUGUCGAGUUCCACAAGAUUCCGUUCAGCCACACUCGCAUGCGCUCCACGGAUUCCUUCUUGCCGCACAACCCCGAGACGGGUCGUCUGUCCCGGAACGGAUUUGAGGAAGUCAAUCUUUCCCGACCUGCGAGUCCGUACAUCUCCAGGCCAUCUCCGCUCAGAGAGGGUGCAUCCCGGCCACACUCAUCUGCAACACUGCGCAAGGAAGUCGACAUCACGGAUUUCGGGCGAACAGCAUCCCCAGCGCUGCCCAACGCCGCUCCCUCGCGCAACACCAUCGCUUCUCAGCAGAAAGCUAACCUGCUGCACGACAAUUGGUACGCGCUCGACACUGAAGCCUCAGACUUAGACCCCAACAGCCGCGGACCAACCCCAGGCUUCGUCGACGAAGAGCACGGCAUGAACCCAUCUCUCAUGCCCCAACCCCUCAAAAUGAACCCUCCCACCCCACCCGUCGAGACCGACACCGAAUAUCCCGACGCGGACAACGACGCCCCCUUAUCCUCCUUCAUCAAGCGCAAGCCCCUCGCCACGCGAGAAGACCACGGCAAUGCAGACCUUAGCCGCAACGUGACGGUCAUCAGUCGCUCAACCACCUCCUCGUAUUACUCCGACGACAAAGACCACGACGAUGGAUUCGCCACCGACGAUGACGGCGUGAAAGGCGUCGCGACCCCGAAGCGCAAAUACUACGGCGAUCUCGCGGCCGCGACUCGAGGCGUGCUGGGCACGGUCAAGUACAAAACCACACCCGCGUCAGCCGGUCGGAUUCUGUCGAAUGAGACGGUCAAGUCGAACGGGACGAUUGACGCGGCGGCUUUCGAUAGUACGGGGUUCAGUGCGCUUGGGGGCUACGGGUACGCUGAGUCGCCGAAGAAGAAGAAGGAUCGUGCGGGGAGGGUUGUGAGUCGCACGGGGGUGGAUAUUGUGGAUGUGGCGGAGCAUGGGUUUGGACGGAGGCGGGAGGUCAGUGGAAAGGUUGCGGAGGAGGGGAGGGGUGGAUCGUCGUGGUGGUCAAGGAAGGGGCAUUGAGUCUUUGCUCUUGAUGAUGGGAAUGAAUGUCUGGUUUCCUUGGGAGUCCGGUGGAGUUCGGGAUGGGAAAGGCUGAGGUUGGAAAUGUGUAGGUAGUCGGGAGAGCACAUAAUAUGCAUGGCACUACAUAAUCAAUGGAAGCUCUUGGGAGUGUUCGUGGGCGAUCUGUUCGGUGUUCAUCAUUUAUCUAUGCCUUCAUGUAUCUGUUACAUCUAC